UUUUUUUUUUUAAAGAAAUAAGGAUGCCAUCACCUGCAUUUGAAAAAGCAGCAGAAGAAGUUCAUAAUCUUGCUAGCAAACCUUCUAAUGAUGAUCUUUUAAAGUUAUAUGCACUUUAUAAACAAGCUACUGUUGGUGACAAUAACACCUCUAAACCCAAGCUUGACAUCAAAGGUCGUUACAAAUGGCAAGCAUGGGAAGACCUUAAAGGCAUGAUUCCUGCUGAAGCCGAGACACAAUACAUUGCUUUUGUUGAAGAGCUUAAAACUAAAUGUUAGGGAAAGUGAUAGGAGGGAGAUUUUCUUAAUAUCCCUUAUUAUUAUAACACAACUGAGACAGAAUAUAAUUAUGUAAUAAAUUUCUUUUUUUUUUUUCUUUUCUUUUUUAUAUUUCCACAUAUAUUUUUUCUUUCUUUUUUUCUUU